UAGAAGUCGUUGUUUUGGUCUUAAAUUGUGCCAAAAAUAAAGUAGCGUAGCAGAAGGAGUUGUGGCAUUAAACGGGGUUCACCGCGGACCACAACGCAAAGAUGGGAGACUUCGGAGUAUAUGCGGUUUUUGGAGUAAACGGUCCGCCUCAAAGGCUGCUGAGUGCUGAAGGUUCGUGCAGGGUGUCUGUUGCCGUUCCCCCGAGUGUCCGCCAGGUGGUGCUGUUCAGCAGCGGGCCGUGGGGAGAGCGGAUCUGCGUUAACGCAGAGCUCAACGACGCGGACCGUUUCCCCAUCACGAUCGGGAAACUGACUCCGUAUAACAAGUGUCUGUCAUGGGAGCAGUGGGAAGAGGAGACCUGGACAGACGGCGUCACACUGAGCGUCACUCUGGAGGGAGGAAACCUGGUAAAAGCAGAUUGGUCAAAGCCAGAGCUCCUGUCUGUGAAGGAAUACACACCAAAGGACACCGUGGCUCCGCUGGCGGCCCGCGAGCUCAAAGGCAAGAGGAAGAGAGAGCGAGUGUCGGAGGAAGACGGCGACGGGGAUACGACGACUGCUCGCGGCGAGGAAGAAGAGAACGUGUGUCCCAAUGCCACUGCGGAGAAGACCACGCCGGUGAGAAACGCCAGAGGUCAAACCAGGGGGGGCCAGAAGCUGUUCAGUGCUGGAGCAGAUGCAACAAGGAUGAAGGGAACAGCUAAUGGAGCAGGAGAGGCGCAGGGGAUUGUGGGAAGAACGCCUCCUCAGAGUGCAGCCAGGACGAAGAGUAGGCAGACCAAGACUCCCACACAGACCGCCCCAUUGGUCAGCCCGUCGGGUCGCUGGGGUCAGACUCUGUGUCCCAUCGAUGCUCAGACGGCUAUUCUGAUUGGAGGGCAGGGAUCCAGGAUGCAGUUCUGCAAAGACCCCAUGUGGAAGCUCUGCACAGAGGACAUGUCCUGGUUUGCGGCGGAGACUCUGGCAGAGGGCCCGACGCCCGAGGCCCGGAUCGGACACACGGCCGCGUACGACCCGGACUCCAGGCGGAUCUUCGUAUUGGGAGGCUCAAAGAACAAGAAGUGGUUCAACGACGUUCACAUCCUCGACACACAGAGCUGGAAGUGGACCAUGGUGGAGGCCCAAGGAAAUGUUCCUCCUCUGGCCUACCACAGCUGCAGUAUGUUUCGCGGUGAGCUGUUUGUGCUCGGAGGCGUGUUUCCUCGUCCGAACCCGGAGCCCGACGGCUGCAGUGACUCGCUGUAUAUCUUCGACCCCAACCUCUCCAUCUGGUACCAGCCGAUUGUAACUGGCGACACGCCCUCCCCCCGCUCAGGCCACUCUGCAUGUGUGAUGCAGGAGAGGAAGAUCUAUGUAUUUGGUGGGUGGGACACUCCCGUCUGCUACAAUGACAUGUACAUGUUGGACCUCGGUCUGAUGGAGUUUUCUGCUGUGAAAACAACUGGAAAAGCCCCCUCCCCUCGAAGCUGGCACGGCAGUGCUGUGCUCUCAGACACAAAGUUCCUGAUCCACGGAGGCUACAACGGAAACAACGCUCUCAGUGACACCUUCAUCUUUGACAUCGACACCAACAUCUGGACAGAGGUGACGCUUCCCCAGCUGUCCGUCCCCAGGGCGGGGCACGCCAUCAUCACCAUGGACACGGCCAACAACCACCGUUUCUCGGGGGACAAUGAAGACGCCGGUUUGGACGCCGGCUCCGUCACAAGAACCCUGCUGGUGUUCGGAGGCGGAGACAACGAGGGCAACUUCUUCUCCGACCUGACGACUGUCGCCGUGGAGGAUCUGCUCGGUGCUAUUUAAAGAGCGUGAGUCAGAGGUGAACCCUCACUCCCCCCCCCGACUGGAUGUGAAGCUCCUUUAACACCACAGAUCCUUUAUUAUUUAUAUUCCCACAGCGUGUCUUUGUUCUCUUUUAUUUCUAUUUUUUUUUUUUUUUAAAGAUGUUGGUUUUGGAAAGUGUACAGUUUGGGCAUUUCUUCUAUGCAGAUCUGAAAAUGAAACAUCUCCUCGUGGUGCAUAACAGGAAUAAUGGAGGUACUUUUUUUAGCAAACUUCAAAGAAAGGUGGUUCCUCUCUCUCUCUCUCCCUGUGGUUCCAUAUUAAUAAGAACAAUGAUCUUGGUAUAAAUCAUCAAACAUUCAGAUUAUUCUAGUCAUAAAGGUCACUACUGAUUUAUUUAUGUACAUAGUAUAAAGUCAGUUAAAAUGUAUAUGUUUUAUUUUUAUUACACUGAUCUGUAAUUGGGGCUUUUAGAAGCGCUGAUAUUUGGAAUAUGUCACCUUUGGAAAGCUGCAGGUGCAUUAACUCAAAAUCACGUUAUUGUCGUAAUUUCCAAAAUCCCAACUCCUCUUCCCAUGCUGGUCAUUUGCACUUUGU